AGUUUCCUCCUCUUUCCUCCUCCUGCUAUUGCAGCUUAACUGCCACACCAUUUGCAGCAUCUCCUCACAAAACCUUUUUCAUGCCUGCACUUGUUGUAAGUGAAACAAUUGGGUCUGAAGAGCCGAAGGAGCUGAAGAAGAAGAUGAAGAAGAGCGAAAAAGGAUCAUCCGCCGACACCCUUAAAAAGUCGAAAAAGACCAAGAUUGAUUCUGGGUCUGAUUCAGAAGAGCUUAAGAAGAGUAAGAAGAAAGAUAAGAAGCGAAAAGCUUUAAACUUGGAUGAUGAUGAGGAGGAUGAUAGUUCGGAGAUACUGGAGCCGAGUAAUUUGAAUGGGGAUGACAAGACGAAGAAGAAGAAAAAGGCUAAAUUGGUGGAGAAUGAUGAUGAUGAGGAGAAAAAGGAAGAGAAAGAGGAGGAUCCUAAUGCUUUGUCUAAUUUUAGGAUUUCUGUUCCUUUAAGAGAGGCUCUGAUUGCUAAGGGGAUUCAAGCGCUCUUUCCUAUUCAAGCUAUGACUUUUGAUACUAUCUUUGAUGGCAAUGACUUAGUUGGUCGAACUCGCACUGGUCAGGGUAAAACAUUGGCCUUUGUGCUGCCCAUAUUGGAGUCCCUGACAAAUGGUCCUACUAAAGCGUCUCGGAAAACAGGGUAUGGGAGGGCUCCUAGUGUUUUGGUGCUCUUACCUACUAGGGAAUUGGCACUUCAGGUGUUCGCUGACUUUGAAUUUUAUGGUCGGGCCGUGGGGCUUACUUCAUGUUGUUUGUAUGGAAAUUCUCCUAUGGGACAACAACAAGUGCAAUUGAAACGAGGAGUUGAUAUUGUUGUGGGUACUCCUGGAAGAGUUAAGGACCACAUUGAAAGAGGAAAUAUUGAUUUCAGGUCUCUAAAGUUCCGUGUUCUUGAUGAAGUUGAUGAAAUGCUGAAAAUUGGUUUUGUUGAUGAUGUGGAAUUUAUAUUAGGCAAGGUAGAAGAUGCAAGCCAAGUUCAAACACUUCUUUUCAGUGCCACUUUGCCAAGCUGGGUGAAGCAUAUAUCUUCUAAGUUUCUCAAACCUGAUAAGAAAACAGCUGAUCUUGUUGGUGAUGAGAAAAUGAAGGCCAGUAAGAAUGUGAGACAUAUUAUUAUACCAUGCUCUAGUUCAGCCAGUACUCAGCUAAUUCCUGAUAUUAUUCGAUGCUACAGCAGUGGUGGCCGCACUAUUGUUUUCACCGAGACACGAGGUUAUGCUUCGGAGCUGGCCGGCUUAUUGCCUGGGGCACAUGCUUUGCAUGGAGAGAUACAACAGUCCCAGCGUGAGGUAACACUUUCUGGAUUCAGAUCAGGAAAAUUCUUGACAUUAGUGGCCACAAAUGUAGCAGCCCGUGGAUUGGAUAUUGACGACGUUCAAUUAAUUAUUCAGUGUGAGCCUCCACGCGAUGUCGAAGCGUAUAUUCAUCGAUCUGGAAGGACAGGACGGGCAGGAAAUACUGGUGUGGCGGUAAUGCUUUAUGAUCCUAAGAAGUCCAACAUUUCUAGGAUUGAAAGAGAAUCUGGUGUGAAGUUCGAGCAUCUAUCUGCUCCGCAGCCAGCUGAUGUUGCUAAAGCGGCUGGGAAAGAAGCAGCAGAAGCAGUUGCUGAAAUUUCUGAUAGUGUAAUACCUGCUUUCAAGGCUGCUGCUGAAGAACUUCUAAACACCUCUGACCUAUCACCAGCAGAAUUGCUUGCCAAGGCACUUGCCAAGGCAGCUGGCUACUCUGAGAUCAAGACUCGGUCGCUUCUUUCUUCCAUGGAGAACUGUGUUACUCUACUUCUUGAGUGUGGGAGGCCCAUAUUUGCACCUUCCUUUGCAUAUAAUGUUUUGCGGAGGUUCCUACCAGAGGACAAGGUUGAAUCAAUCAAAGGUCUUACUUUGACAGCUGAUGGGAAGGGUGCGGUUUUUGAUGUAUCUGCUGAUGAUCUGGUUAUGUUUCUAGCAGGGAAGAAUACCCAAGGUGUAAACUUAGAGGUAGUAAAAGAACUGCCUCGGUUGCAAGAGAAAGACCAGGCAAGAGGUGGAAGAUUUGGUGGUGGUCGUGGUGGCUUCUCUGAUAGGAGAGGUAGAGCUCGCUUUUCUGGAGGCAGAGGUGGAAGAGGUCGCGGAAACUUCGGCCGUAGAUGGUGAAGAAGGCAAAUAGUUGAUCCGAACAGUUGACUGUACAGGAAAAUUGUUGCGAUGAUGAAGAAAAAUGUAUAUUGCGGCUGCUGUUUAUGGAACAUGAUCAUUAUAUUUUCCACAUAUAGGUUCAAUUGUACUUUAUUCUUAUUUAUUUUUUGCUUGUUACAGCCUCUUCAUAAGAGGCAAUUUUCUUUCGGCUUCGAUUUUUAACUUAACAGCUUUGCUGAAUCCUAGCCAAACGAUAUCAUAAAUAUAAUACUUUCAAUAGUACGGGAUUUUAGA